GAGCAAUUCUCCAAUACGGAGAAGCGGAGGUGACGUCACAGCAGCGACACCCCUGGAAGUGUGAUGUGGCUGAGUGAAUAUCUAGAACCAUGUCUGCUAUUUUUAACUUCCAGAGCUUACUGACAGUGAUUCUCCUGCUGAUAUGUACAUGUGCUUAUCUCAGAGCUAUGGUACCCAAUCUUCUGGACAAAAAUAAAACUGGAGUACUUGGAAUAUUUUGGAAGUGCGCACGAAUUGGUGAACGGAAAAGUCCUUACGUUGCGAUAUGUUGUGUGGUGAUGGCAUUCAGUAUCCUCUUCAUGCAGUGACCUUCGAAGGAUAGAUGCUCAUUUUUGUUGCAGAAUAUAUUUUUCCCCUUCAUUAAUGUG